AUUAUCACUGUUAUUUUUAGCAUUAUUUGGAUUGAAUGGAGUGAAAGACGAUAACUGUGUAUUAAAUUAUCAUUGGUUAAAAAUCUUUGUCUUUGAUUCACUGUUGCCUACUCUCUUUUCACCUUUCCUCUGCAUUUCUAUUCAUAGUCAUGUAGAAUAAUAUCCCAUAGUUAGUUAUAUAAAAGUGAGAAACAACGUCAGUAGUCAACCUGUAACGCUGAUUGAUAUACAAACUGAAUCAAUCAUAUUUUAAUUACUGAUCAAUUAAAAGUCAAAUAUCGAAAGAAAAUAAUCAUUUCAAUAAAAUCUCAUCAAUUUCGGCAACAAUAACAAUUACAAAUUGUAUUGUCUUAAUUGCAAAUAUUUCAAUGAUUUUGAUGGGCAAGAAACUAUACUAAACUGGAGAAGAUAUUGAAAAAAUUCAGAAAAAUACAAUAUAAUGUUUAAUUAAUAGAUGGAAAAAAAAAGUAUUCUGGAAUUUCAGGAAUGUAGUAGGAUAAUGGCACUGGAUUAUGCCUGUUGGAUAUGCCGAAAAUAUAAUCUCCUUAUAUUAAUUAUUUUGCUUACCGAAAUUUAUAUAAAUUUAUGCAAAUAUUAUCAUCAUUAUCCAGAUUUCUAUAUCAACUUUUUAACUGGUGUUAAUGGACAAUUGAAUUUGUGGGUAGAUCGUCAGUUAGUAAUACAAAUUAUUGAAUCAAUGCCACAUAAUCAAAAUAUCCCCGGUAGACUACGCUGUCCAAGAAGAUUACCAGAAAUUCAUAGACAUAUACCCGAACAUUUGUUCCUCGUUUUUAAUGGAUUGCUUUUACAUGAGGCAUUAGACCGUAUUUCAUUAUCUGCCCAUAGACCUAUCCCUCCACGUAUCGAUAUGUUACGUGUUAAAUGGAGAGCUGGUUUCGAACGUUUAACAUACAAUAUUGAUUUGAAGUCAAUGAAUCAUACACUUCUUCAUACACCACUUCUGAAUAUUGCAAAAUCCGGUUAUAUUCCAGCUACCCAAUCAGAUGUACAAAUCUCUCUACCAUGCACUGGAAGAUUUACUGGUAUAGCUCCAUUUCAAGUGAGACUUGAUGUUCAAAGAGAAUUUGAAGGUUUACGAAAAAUUCCACCAAUUUCUUUCAUUGUAUACAAAUAUUGUCUUAGUGCAACCCAGCAUACACGAUUCAUCAUCAAGUGUGAAUGUCGUAUUCAAUGCUCGCAAUCAAGUACAAACAACCGUCAGUCACUUAGAAAGCGUUGCAUUCGACGUUGCAGAAGACGUUUUGGAUUACAUAACUUAAAAGGCAAACAGUGAAAAUGAGAAACGAUGAAAUGAACAGAGAAAAAGAGAAUAAACUACAGAAAUCGUACUAUUUCUUGUUAACUUUCAGUUGAGAAAGAUUUUCCGAAUUCAAUGUAAACGUAGGCACAUUUCAAUGUGUCAAGUAGUAUGAUGAAAUCAGUAUCCCAUCCUACUUAAAGAUGCAAAUAACUUUGUCAUGAUCAUGAGACUGAAUUAUUCACAACUACAUCUUAGCCCUAAACUAUUAUCUCAGCACAUAAUAUCAUGAACAAAUCAUAAGUUUAUUGAUCACUGUACAGACACGUAAAAAUGUAGUGAUGAACAAAACUACCACCCAAUCUA